CUCAGUGGACACAGACACAGACCCAGAGACAGAAGGGAGCAGAAUCUUUAUAGAGGCACGGACACAGGGUUAGAAGGAAGAAGGCACGAUUUGGACACUGGAGUUGCUGAUGCCAUUCAGGCACAGAGAUAGGAUGGACCUGCUACAGCAAAAACUCUGGGAGGUGACUCUCCUUGUCUAUUUAAGUGGACUUCUCCAGUGGGAUGUAUGCGUGGGCCAGCGGGUGGUUGAGACGCAAAUGGGACCGCUGUUUCGGGUGAAGGGCUAUACCGUAACCAUCUCAUGUAACGUCAGCGGAUUCAGGGGACCUCCACAGCAAAAUUUCGAAUUUUCCAUCUUCGGACCGUCCCAACAAGAAGUGAAGAUCAUCAGCACAUCUGACCCGAACAUUGCGUAUGCCAGAUAUUCCAGAAGGGUGAGGGAAGGGGACAUCAAUAUCACGCGGAUAUCGGGAUCAUCUGUGCUGUUGUACAUCAAAACUCUGAGGGAGGAAGAUACCGGCGAGUAUGAGUGUUACACCCCCAGCACUGACCCAACCUACUAUGGCAGUUACAGCGCUAGGACUAAACUCAACGUGAUCCAGGACAGCCUGGUUGCCUCCUCCAGCCCUGAUGACCUCAGGAAGCAUGAGGGAGAUUCCCUGCAGCUGCAGUGUGAGGUAUCCAGCCAAACCUUUCAGCACACCCACCUGUCCGUCACCUGGUUCCUGCAGAGCGAUCAGGCCGGGCCGCCCCGUCCCAUAAUCACCCUGGCCAGGGACUUCACCGUCAGCCCCGGGGACGAGUUUAAGGAGCGCUAUAGCGCCGGCCACAUAGGCCUGGUCAAGCUGGAGGAGACCACCUACAGGCUGAGCAUCACACAACUGCAGCUGUCAGACCAGGGGUCAGUCUACUGCGAAGCCAGCGAGUGGAUCCAGGACCCGGACAGGUCCUGGUAUAGAAUCGCCCAGAAAAAGAGCAAAGCUUCUGAUAUCUUGGUCCAGCCAUCAGGUGAGAUAUCGGACGCGAAUACGUUCAGCACUCGCAUCGAGGCCCCUAAGUGGCAGAUACAAGAAGGAGACGUUUUUGUGUUAACAUGUGCCGUGGACGCCCAAAACAUUGUGGACCGGUACUUCUCUGUGGCCUGGCUGAAAGACAACAAGGAGGUGGCCCGAAUAGGACCCACCGGGGUGCCAUCUAUGGCGUCCGACUACAAGCAGAGAGAGGGUGAGGGAGAGGUCAAGGUGCUGAAACACAGCGACAGGGAUUACCUGCUGACCAUCCGGCUGGUCAGGGCUGAAGACGGGGGGCAGUACCAGUGCAGAGUCUGGGAGGAGGUGAAGACAGAGGGGUCCUUCACACAACAGCAGAGCCAGGAGUCCAGUGUGCAGAGCCUGAGUGUCACAGUCACAGGAAGCAACCUGGCUGUGUCUGUGCUGAACCCAAACAUAACCAUUAACGAAGGCGAUGUUCUGCAAGUCACCUGCAGAGUGUCGGGGGCCCAUGGCCAGGUGUCCGUCUCCUGGCAACAGAGGUCAAGGCAGGGCACCUUCAUUGACAUGAUCAGCCUGAGCCAUGCUGGGGUGAUGACACCGGGGUCACGGUACCUCCAGAAGGUGCAGACGGGUGACGUGCGCAUCUUCUGCGGAACGCCUGACUCCUUCACUCUGGAGAUCGCCAACACCCUGCCAUCUGAUGCCGGGACCUACAAGUGCACGGUGUCAGAGUGGGUGACAGAAACCAAUGGCAACACCAGAAAGAUGGACAGCAAAUCUCAAGAGUCAACUGUUUACGUCCACUCCUUGGAUUCUCUUAUACGUGCUGAUUUAAAAAGUCGCAAUGUAAUCGUCAGGGAACUCGAGGCAGUAGAAUUGAUCUGUAGGGUGAAAGGCCCGAAGAUUCCUCUAUCUGUAACAUGGAAAUUCCAGCAGACUGACUCGCCAUCCCAGGAGGAGAUUGUGUCUGUUCUGUACACCGGCGUCAUCACCUGGCAGAGAGAGAGGAGAAACUAUCAGCUCAGGACACUGGUGCAGGAGGGAGAGACCAUCUUUGGCCUGAGGGUCUUCAGAGCCAGCAAGCGGGAAGCGGGAAAGUACCAGUGCAUGGUCGAAGCAUUCCUGAGACAAACACAGCGACUGUCAAAACUCUCCAAUGAACUGGCAGUGGUCGUCCGAAAGCCUGAGAGCCGACUGUCCGUCUCAAUCAGUCCCCCGUCCCCUGUGGAGCGCGCUGCCGGCACAGAUUUGCGCGUAGACUGCGCCGUCCUCACGGCUACCUCCAAUUCUUCCCGCUUCGCCGUGUCCUGGCUGUUCCACCCCGAGGGCGAGAAAAACCGGACCCUGCUGAGUGUGGACCGGGACUCCGUCCUGGGGCCGUCAGCAGGGGACAAGUACAGCCUCAGGAGGCUAGGGGUGAGGUCAUACCAACUCCUCCUGCAGCGGGCCGAGACUGGUGACAGCGGGCGGUACAUCUGCAGGGUGGAAGAGUGGCUACAGGACUCCCAUGGAGAAUGGUACUCACUGCCGUCACAGUCUGCUGCCAUGGAACUCAUCAUCAGCUCUGAAAGCAGCCAUGUCAGUGUCCUUCAGGGUGACACAGAGAUCACAGUUGGAUCAGGUGAGCAGCUAAACAUCAACUGCACCAUGGACUCCAGUGGGUGGGUGUCCAAGUCUCUCUACUCGGUCACUUGGUUCUUCACCCCAGAAAAUUCCUCCCCCAAGGCGACGCUGGCAAAGAUCAGCCAUGACUCCGUGUUGGAAGUCAAAGAUGUGAGUGAGGACAGGCUAGCACGGAUGCACUUUUACAAGCCCACCAUCGACACCUUCAGACUGACCAUUCAGAACGCAGACGAGGGGGACAGCGGGCAGUACUCCUGCCAGGUGGACGAAUUCCAGCUCAAGAGCAACGAGGGUAGCUGGCUGCAGACAGCCACCGACCAAUCAGGAUUCACCAUCGUCAGUGUCCAACAAAUAGGCAGCCAUGUCAGUGUCCUUCAGGGUGACACAGAGAUCACAGUUGGAUCAGGUGAGCAGCUAAACAUCAACUGCACCAUGGACUCCAGUGGGUGGGUGUCCAAGUCUCUCUACUCGGUCACUUGGUUCUUCACCCCAGAAAAUUCCUCCCCCAAGGCGACGCUGGCAAAGAUCAGCCAUGACUCCGUGUUGGAAGUCAAAGAUGUGAGUGAGGACAGGCUAGCACGGAUGCACUUUUACAAGCCCACCAUCGACACCUUCAGACUGACCAUUCAGAACGCAGACGAGGGGGACAGCGGGCAGUACUCCUGCCAGGUGGACGAAUUCCAGCUCAAGAGCAACGAGGGUAGCUGGCUGCAGACAGCCACCGACCAAUCAGGAUUCACCAUCGUCAGUGUCCAACAAAUAGGCAGCCAUGUCAGUGUCCUUCAGGGUGACACAGAGAUCACAGUUGGAUCAGGUGAGCAGCUAAACAUCAACUGCACCAUGGACUCCAGUGGGUGGAUGUCCAAGUCUCUCUACUCGGUCACUUGGUUCUUCACCCCAGAAAAUUCCUUCCCCAAGACGACGCUGGCAAAGAUCAGCCAUGACUCCGUGUUGGAAGUCAAAGACGUGAGUGAGGAAAGGCUAGCACGGAUGCACUUUUACAAGCCCACCAUCGACACCUUCAGACUGACCAUUCAGAACGCAGACGAGGGGGACAGCGGGCAGUACUCCUGCCAGGUGGACGAAUUCCAGCUCAAGAGCAACGAGGGUAGCUGGCUGCAGACAGCCACCAACCAAUCAGGAUUCACCAUCGUCAGUGUCCAACAAAUAGGUACCCCUGAGCCCUCGAGCUCAGCAGGAUGGUUACUUAGCGUGUACCCUUGUGUCAUCGCUGUCCUGAUCCUGGUGGUUGUGUUUCUCAUCUACAAAAUACGGAGGGCUGGGCACAGCUCUGCUCCAGGUCGGAAUAGCCAGGCGAACUCGCUGUGGGCAGAGAGUAACCCACUGAAACCCGUUCCGGAAGCCUGAGCACGUGAGGCUUCACCGCUGCUCUCAUUUCAGGCAUGGCAAUGAGAUGCAAACGCCCUCACAGCAACUGGAAGAGUUUGUACUCUUCUAUGUGUGCUUGUCAAAAUGCUUCAA